CAUGUAGACUGCCCAUCUCUAACUGCCUAUGAGUCGUUCGAAAACAAAAGAAAGUAUUUUUUUUGCUGGCAAACAUUAACCAUUUCACUCCAGUAAUUUAACGUCCUCCAACUACGGCAUCGAAGUGGGCGUCUUCAAACGCUGAGGAGGCGGCGGCUAACGAACGCACACCGCUCAUGGACGAGCACGACGUCCCAUCGUCGUCGUCGGCGGCGGCGGCGGCAGACGUUGAUGGCAGCCAGAGCGGCGCAGCAGAGCGUUUGGAACGUCCUCCAAGGCGGCAACAAAAAAAGAAAAUCAGCAAUUAUGGUUCCAAUGAGCAGCUGGAAAGGAAUAAUGCAGAUCAUACUGACGGGCCUGUGCUAGCCGUGCCCUACGUUGUUGUACGCGGAACUAACUCUCAGCCUCCUAGAUUAAGCGGGGGCGGCGCUGAUGGCGGUCCUGGACUGUCACAACAGGAGCUCGAAGAAGAGCAGGGUCUUAAAUACGGUGCACAACAUGUCAUCAAACUAUUUGUGCCCGUUUCGCUGUGCAUGCUGGUCGUUGUGGCUACCAUUAACUCGAUUAGCUUUUACAACAGCACAGAUGUAUAUCUGCUUUACACGCCGUUUCACGAGCUAUCGCCGGAACCGAGUGUCAAGUUAUGGAAUGCAUUAGCUAACUCCUUGAUCCUCAUGAGCGUGGUUGUUGUAAUGACCAUUCUGCUGAUUGUUUUGUACAAGAAACGCUGCUACCGCGUCAUACACGGCUGGCUGAUACUGUCCUCGUUUAUGCUCCUAUUCAUUUUCACGUACUUAUACUUGGAGGAGCUGCUACGUGCAUACAACAUUCCUAUGGACUAUCCCACGGCAGUACUGAUCAUGUGGAACUUUGGCGUGGCUGGCAUGAUGUCAAUACAUUGGCAUGGUCCACUGCGUUUGCAGCAGGGUUAUCUAAUAUUUGUAGCUGCUUUGAUGGCCCUGGUGUUUAUUAAAUAUCUACCCGAAUGGACGGCCUGGGCUGUGCUGGCAGCUAUCUCCAUAUGGGAUCUCAUAGCCGUACUGUCGCCUCGAGGACCGUUGCGCAUAUUGGUAGAAACCGCACAGGAGCGCAACGAGCAAAUCUUUCCUGCUUUAAUAUACUCCUCCACGGUUAUUUACACCUACAUGGGUACACAUUAUACGCCGGAACAGCCACUGCCAACAGCCACAUCCUCGCCGUCAUAUAGUAACUCGACAACAACAACGCGCACCACACAAAACUCGUUGGCAUCGCCAGAGCCAGCUACAGGUGAUAGCACUGCACGUCCAGGUAAUUCGCGCGCCCAUCAGCGUCAGCAGGAAACUCAGGCGGCUGCUGAAGGUAUGCCACUUGUGACAUUUAAAAGAAAUUUGCACGGAAACGAAGAGGCCGCUGGUUUUACACAAGAAUGGUCUGCCAAUCUCAAUGACCGCGUGGCUCGCCGACAAAUUGAGGUACAAAGCACUCAGAACGGAAAUGGACGCCUCUCCAAUGAAUAUCGUACGGUCACAGCACCUGAUCAACCUCAGCCGGAAUUGCCAGAAGAACGUGGUAUCAAGCUUGGUCUGGGCGAUUUCAUUUUCUAUUCCGUGCUGGUGGGCAAGGCCUCCAGCUAUGGCGACUGGACAACAACAAUUGCCUGCUUUGUGGCCAUAUUGAUUGGCCUUUGCCUGACGCUACUGCUCUUGGCCGUUUGGCGCAAGGCACUGCCAGCCCUGCCCAUUUCAAUAACCUUUGGCCUGAUUUUUUGCUUUGCCACUAGCGCUGUGGUCAAGCCCUUUAUGGAGAAUCUGUCGGCCAAGCAGGUGUUUAUAUAAAAGACAAUUAGCAUAUAAAUUUGUGUACUAAUAUUCAGUGUAACCGUAGUCCAAGCUACCGUUUUACAAUACAUUCUCUAUUUAAUAAAGCGUAGUA